AGGACCAAGCCCGGAGAUCCAUUCAUGGAGCUCGUGGAAGGGAGGAAGAUCUCCUGCAAGAAACUCCUCAUCUUCCUGCUCUGCAGCUUCAUCUUCAGCUCCUGUCUCUUUGUUUCUCUUCACCAGUUCAGGACUCCUGAGCCAGAGCAUUACAAUUCCAGUCCCUCUGCACAAACAGCCCAUGCUGGAAAUACCAGCACCCCACCAAAGGGUGAACGCAGGCUGACCAUCCUGCUGUGGAAGUGGCCCUUUGGACACCACUUUAACUUCAUAAACUGCUCAGAGCUCUACGGCACCCCGGACUGCCAUUUCACUGUCAACCGCAGCUGGUCCCAAAAGGCUGAUGCUGUGAUUAUGCAUCACAGGGAUGUGUGCAGGGACGUGGAGGGGCUGGCCCAGCUCCCCAGACUCCCAUCCCAGCGCUGGAUCUGGUUCAACCUGGAGUCCCCAAGUCACUCUCCAAACUUAGGUGCUAUGGGCAACCUCUUCAACCUCACCAUGUCUUACCGGAGGGACUCGGACAUCUUCACCCCUUAUGGGGAGCUGCAGCUCCUUGGCCAGCCUCAGCCCCUCAGCAUCCCACCCAAGACCAAGCUGGUGGCCUGGGUAGUCAGCAACUGGAGAGCAGGCUCCCACCGGGUAAAGUACUACCAGGAGCUGAAGAAACACAUCACUGUGGAUGUCUACGGGCAGCAUCACUUGCCCCUGCCCUGGGACAAGCUCCUUCCCACCGUGUCCCAGUACAACUUCUACCUGGCUUUUGAGAACUCACAGCAUGAAGACUACAUCACCGAGAAGCUCUGGAGGAACGCCUUGUCCUCUGGCACCGUCCCUGUUGUGCUGGGGCCUCCUCGAGAAAACUACGAGCGCUUCUUGCCCCCUGACUCCUUCAUCCAUGUCAAUGACUUUGCCAGCGCUGAGGACCUGGCGCGGUAUCUCUGGGAGCUGAGUGGGGACACUGAGAGAUACCAGCGCUACUUCCAGUGGCGCAGGUGGUUGAAACCCAUAGCGGGGGCCAGCUGGGACCUGCAUGUCUGCAAAGCUUGUCACUUCUUGCAGACAACAGAGGCCAGGUACCAGGUUGUGCCCGAUCUGUCUGAGUGGUUCGUGUAACUGCUGUUUACUCAGCUCUCUGCUGUGCUGCAAUCUUUUUGUUCUUGCUGGUGAGUUGCAAUUUCGUGGGAUGAUUGAAUUGAUGGAAAUGGAGGUACAAGAGGAGCUUUGAAGCGAACAAAGACAAGGAAGCAAUUAGGUGUUUGUACAUCUUUGUCUUACUGGAGAAUAGACUGUCAGAGUAGCACAUUGGGUUUUUUGUUAUCUAUUAAUUACCCGAACAACUUGUUAUGCUGGCUGCAGCUUGGUCUUUGGAGUUCACCUUCAGUCUCUGCAAACAAUUCUGGAUCAGCUCCACAGGCUGGAGAGCCAAAGCAAGUGGCCAAGAGGGGAAGGAGAAAUAGCAAUACCUAGCAUAAACCUGUUUCAAGGACUUUGUACUUUGCAAAGCUGCAGCUUCAAGGGGUGGCCACAUCACGAGG